GGUUGUGAAUGGCUUCACCGAUAAAAUCCAUUGAUAAUUUUCUAAUCUCCUCAACUCCGCAUCACUUGCAGAUCGAAAGUAAAAACAAUAUAAAACGGAAAGAUAAGAAAGCUAAUUUGGAUAUUGAAAUAAACACUGACGGUGUGGAGACGCCUCAGGAUAAAUGUUUAUUUCUGGUCAAAACGAAACCUCAAAACAGCCACAACAGCAUGGUCUAUCUAGAAGAUGCUUUACGUUUGGGCUGGACAUCUCAACGUGCAAGCUACUUAUUUGAUCUCUUAACAAGGCCUCCGCUUCUUUUUUCUCCCAGCAUGGGAAUCAGUCUUUCAUUCGAAAAAGGUUCGCAGAAUGAUUAUCACAUUCUACCAGCUAACAAACGAAAUCGUCCGAUUGAUCCUGAUCCGUGUUUGUUAUCGAUCGACGGUCUUCUAGACUGUCUAUUCGUAACGAAUUCUUUGGUUGACCAAAUCUAUCAUGACUGUAUGGAUAAUCCAGAAAAUCGGGGGACUGAUGAAUAUGAACACUCCCCCACUGUUUUGGCUGCGAAAUUCUUCCGCAGACGAGUAAAGCCAAUCAUUACUCGAUUAUCAGAAUUCCGUCUGAAAUUGUCGGAUUUCAAGCUGGGCGCAUGUGUUGGUAGAGGGGCUUGUGGAAUAGUACGUGUAGUACGUGAGGUAUCACCACCUCAUUCAGUGUAUGCAAUGAAGUCUCAGUUUAAAGGAGCUUGGUUGCAUCAUGAUCCGGAGGGCUCUCAGAUUCUGCUUGAAAGAACUGUGUUAGCGCAGGCGACUGCCAUUGAAAAUCCAUGGCUUCCACACCUGCAUUAUGCAUUUCAGGAUGAAAAGCACUUGCAUCUUGUGAUGGACUACGAACCCGGUGGCGAUUUGUAUAUAUUCUUAAGCAAAGUUGGUCAUUUGUUGGAUUCAAAAAUGAUACAGUUUUAUUGUGCCGAAGCUGUGGAAGCCGUUCAUUCGUUGCACCAAAUGGGCUAUAUUCAUUGUGACCUAAAGCCUGAAAAUUUUGCAAUUGAGAGAAGUGGACACCUAAAGCUAAUUGAUUUUGGUUCGGCUAUCAGACUUGAUGCUGAUGGAAAAUGUGUCUGUCCUACGAUGGUUGGGACAAAAGAAUAUUUGAACAUUGAACUUCUACGACAACGUGGACGGCAUAAUCAAGAACCAUUACUUGUCGGUCCUGAAUUCGAUUAUUGGGCGAUUGGUGUCUUAUUGUAUGAAUUAUUUUAUGGACAAACGCCUUUCUACGAUGAAGAUGAUGAUGCGAUGAUGCAGAAAAUUAUGGAUUAUCGGAAAACAUUAAAGUUCCCUGCAACCGCUGAAAUAACAGAUUGUGCUAUUCAUUUAAUUAAAUCACUGAUCGUUAGUCCAUCAAAACGGUUAACUUAUGAAGAUGUUGUUAUGCAUCCAUUUUUCAAAGAUAUUGAUUUCUCUGCAUUGAGACAAGUCACCCCUCCAUACUUGCCCCCAGUUGGUGAGUUAGACGAUGUUUCAAAUUUUUCUGGCGGUGGCUCUCGUGCUCGUGAUGAAGCCAUAUUGGAUGUUUCUAGAAACCAGACAUUCUCCCCAAUACGUUAUACAAAGUCAUCUGUUCAAGAUGGAUAUGUCACUCAGUGUGCUACCUUAAACAAUGAAGAAAACGAAGAAGACGAAACUGUUCUGGUAAAGCCUUUAGAUACUGAAAUUUUGAAUGAUGAAAAUCAAGAAAAUAUUAAUCCACAUAAAUCGCCAUUGUCUUCCGAAGUAUUAAAAAGAAAAGCAAUUCAAGAGGCUGCUGCUGUACCAAUAAAUGAAGAAAUUGAAGAAAUUGAAGAUAUAGAAUGGGAGGGUUCUGAGUGUGUCCGAGACUUACCAUUCUUGGGAUAUACGUAUACACCUGGAUUGGUAUUAUUUGGAAACCUUUCCAAGAAACAGGUUCAUUCGACUGCCGUUGCUCAUGUUGGAACAUCAGUAAUAGCUAAUAUCAGCACCCCUUACAGACGGGCAUUUAGUGAACGCCAAGAAUCAUUAUCUACAUCACUUAGACGUAGCAUUGGUUGUUCUGAAGUUGAGCGACUCAAAGAUGCCAGAAAAACAAGCGAUCCUGAAAUUGUCAGUUUAUCUGAACUUCAGCAACGUAAUCGACAAUUAUGUGAACAAAUUGAACAAUUACAACUACAGAAUAAAGAGUCUGAGGAUUUACGUCAACGAUUAUUAAGUGCAUUCGACAAUGGUCAUGUCUUGAAGGAAAUUAACGAAGCUGUACGUGUUCUUUCUGAUACAGUCGUUGAGAAGGAAAAAUCUACUGUUGGUCAUUUGAAUUCUCGAAUAAAACACCUUCAAGAAGAAAACGUUCGUUUGACUGCUUCAGUACAAAGUUGCCAACAAGCACAAGCUAUAGUGGAUCAAUUGCAACACGCUGUGUCUCGUCUUUCGAAUUUGCCAAGUAAUUUUACAGAAGCAGAUUUACUUGAUCUGUUAACUACACUAUGUCCACCUACAGUUUACACAACACCUGAAAUGCUCGCUGAUGUUUCACUGUCAACUAUACGUACAUCUAAUUCAUCAGAUAAUCUUAUUGGCUAUGAAUUAGUUCAUCGUCUUAUCAAUUUCGCUCUCAAACAAUUUAAACAUGCUUCUAAUCGUGCAAGACAAUCAUGUUAUGCAUUGGAAUCGAAUAAUGCUGAACUGAAAAAAGCUUUAGAUGAAUCAAAGCAGCAAGUUAAUCAAUUGGUGGAAACUAUUGAUGGAUUAAUUGCAGAUCAACGUCGUUAUCGUGAAACCGAGAACAAUCUUAACUGGGAAAUUAAAGAAUUGAAACAAAAACUUGAGGAUUCAAAAGAUUAUCAACGUGAUUUACACCAGAAGUUCUUGCAAUUUGAAGACAAAUACUUUUCAGCACGAGAUAGGUUAAAAGAAGAAGAAAAGAAAAACAAAGAGAUUACAGAGAAACUUGAACAAUUGACGCUUAACUCAGUGCAAAAACAACAGAAUAAUUCAUCUGAAUUACAAACACAAUCUGGUCAACUCAAUCUAUUAGUUGAACGUAAUAAGGAAGUGGAACGAGAACUUGCAGCUUUAAGAAACGCUUUGCAAGAAGCAACACAACAAAAUGGGUCCGAAUUAAGUGAAUUGAGAAAACAGUUGGAUAAUGUAAGAACAGAGAAAGAACAUUUAUUCAAUGCUAAACAAACUGAACGUCGUCAGUUAGAAGAACGAGCAGAUAAAGCAGAAACACAGUUGAAAAGUCUACGAGAUCAAAUUGCAGUUAUGCUUACUGAACGUGGUCGUUUAGUUUCACUUUCAGCAAUCGACUCUCAGCGCUUAUCAGAUAUGCAACUACAAUUGAAUGAUGCAAUAAUGAAAAAAGAAUCUGCUGAAAUUUCUCUUCGUGAAGCAACGCUUCGACUGGAAAGAUUAAAUACGACACAUAAUCAAACGCUUAUUCUUGAUCAAAUGAGAAAUGAAUUCGAAUCGACAAGAUCUCAGUUGAGAACUGCUCAAACUGAACUUAUUCAUUAUAAAAAAAAUGAGGAAUUAUUACGAGAACGCGUAGCCAACUAUGAACGUGAGAUUUCUGACUUGCAGCAAGAAGUGACGCUUCUACGAACACGACAUGAUCAAUUGCAGUCUUCUAUUGCUGUAGGUCAUACGGCUGAAAAUUCAUCUGAAGUGCAUAAUCAAAUAGUUACUCUCACUGAUGAGAAGCAAUUACUCCAAGACGAGAUAGAUCAACUGCGGACUCAAGUUGAACGACUUCGUCUCAAUAAUACACAACUUCUCAGUCAACGUGAUACUGCUCGUCAAGAGGCUCGAGAGUCAGAAAUGGCAACAGUGCGAGCUAAAGAACUAGGCGAAGCAACGCAGCAAGCUCUUGAACGUGAAGUUCACCGUCUUUCCACUAUUACAGAACAACAAGGAAAGUUGAUCAAUCAUAUGCGUGGUCUUCUACCUCCAGAAUUCAAUAACACUCAUCGUAAUUGCUCUGCCGAUAGUGGUUCAGAUUAUCAAAAUUCCGAAGGUGGAAAACGACGGGCUAGUAAAUUUAUAAGUUCUAAAAGUCGUCGACCAGGUGCUCCUUUGAUUUCAGCUGCAUCUGCUUUUUUCAGUAAACAUCGUAAACGUGAAGGAAAGAUUGAAUCUAAUCCUGAGAAUCCUGAAUAUUUAUUAUCUAAUGAGUUUACAAGACAACCCAGUCGUUUACAAAAGAUGAUGAGCAAAACACGUCUUAACUUCAAAAAGCAUUCUACCAUGCCCGUUAAGGUAGAUUAUUCUGUAAAUGCACCUUAUUAUACAUCAGCAUCUGAUGAGUGUUACAUGGAAGAUUAUGAUCCGCUAGGAUAUGAUUUAUAUUCCGCUGAUGAUGCUGAUUUUGACGAUGGACUUCCGUUUCCUGCUCCUUCAACCUUUGCUGUUCCACAUGGUCGACCACCUAGAGCAAGUGAUAAUGUGUCAAAUACUGGUAGUACAUCUUCCGCUCCAAGUACAGCCAGUUCUGCUCCAGCUGGUCCAGUAAAAUUUGUCCGUGAUCAUUCAUGGCACAGAAAUCGAUCAAAGAUCCAUGUAGGUUGGGCAGAUGAUAAUAAUAAACCGGAAUUAAGUAAAGUACCAUCAGCUUUGAAGCAUCGUAGUCAACCGAAAAUACUGAAACAAUUGAGUAAAGUUCUAGGUCGUGGCAAACAAUCUUCUACGCACCUUGAUCCUAAUCGACUUGAUGACUGAUUAUUUUCACAUUAACAAUGUGUGUAUGUUUGUGUUUAUUUGUACUCAAUUUUUGUACUCAAAAUUAAUCGGUUAAACUUUUAAUAUCAUACCUCUUGGUCAUGUUAUCCAUGCAUACAUACAUGCACUAAUCUAUACACUGCAACUUUAUUUAUGCACGGAUUUAUCUUUUGUUUUCUGUGGUUUAUUUUUUUAAUCAGAUAUGAGCGAAUAAUUUUUCAAUAUAAAUAUAUGUUGUAUAUACAUGCAUACAUAUACAGUUUGUUUGUAACUGAUCCUGUAACCGUAUUGUUUUUAUUAGUAUAUAAUUUCCUUUAAUGUUUUCGCGCUUUUUCCUCGAAAAUUAAGAAGUGAAUGUUUUUCAUGGGGAAGGGGACUUACAGCCUAAAACAUAGUUUCCUCAUCUAAUCACCAUGUAAUAUUGUAGAUGCUCUAUUCUGAGAUUAAUCGUUACAGACCAUUUCGUCCAACAAUCUAAUGAUAUAUAUAAUGUUUGGAUUGAAAGUUUUAUAAUCCAACUGUGUUUGAUCACAAAUUAUGUAAGCAUGAAACUAACAGCAGUUCUAGAUUAAAGACUUGAGUAAUUUAACAACAGAAUAAGAGUUACAAAACUGAUUCUGCUUUUUACCGUUUUCCAAAUUUUGAAUUCAUUCACAGGAUUCAAUUAAUGUUCACCUGUGUAUUGUUGAAUUGUCACUAGUAACUAUAAUAUAACGACCAUAUUAUCCUAAUGUAAAUAUAAGUUAUUGAUUGAAUUUACAAUUGUGUUUUUACUAAACGUUUUACUCUAUCUUUAAACCUGUAUUCGUCAUUUCAAUUGAAAUCAAUUGUGCUUCAAGGAAAUAUACAGAUUACUAAGCGAAUGUGGUUAGAAAUGUGCACAAAGGCGGUCGAAAGUGCAAUAAUUCAAAGUUAUUUUAGGGGAUUUUGGAGUUUGAUCUUAGGAAAUGAUGCUCAAACAAAUUAAGUUGCUUGCAUAACAGAAUAACUAUGCUUGUUUUCUGACACUAGACACACAGAAGCUUGCCGAAAUUUUGUAAAUGUAUUUUCCCGAUUUAUGCAAGAUUUUGAUGACUAAACCAUACUUUAACUUUUUAAUUACUUCAUUUUCUUAUGACAUUGAGGUUGCUUAGUUGCUCUUCCCAAUCUUCGUGGAGCAUACGCCGUCAACCAGGUAUCGUCAACCUACCCUGUUCUGAGCUCCUUCCCAGUCGUUGUCGAGUUCUGUCCGUUCUUUUGAUAUCUUAGUGUAGUCCGUAGUAAGAUUUCCAUAUGAUGGUGACAGUCUCAGCCACACCAUUGUAUCGGAGAGGGUUCUAUCUACUCUGUUAAAUGCUUUCUCAUGUUCAAGGAAGUUGAUGUAUGGCGGUGAGCUCCAUUCUGUUGAUCACUCAAUAACGAUCCGUAGUGUUGCAAUUUGGUUGGCACACAAUCGAUUCUUACGGAAGGCAACUUGUUGGUCUCGAAGUUGAGCGUUCACUGAAUCUUUCUUUGGUUCAGUAACGCUGAUGAAGACUUUUCCUGAUACUAAUAGUAGUAUGAUGUCUUUGUAUUUCUCGCAUUUACUAUGAUUUCUUUUAUUCGGCAUCUUGACAAGAUAUCCCUCCUUCCAAUCUGCCGGUACUUGUCCUUCCGAAAUCCUCAUGAAUUGAAUGUGGCGCAUCUUUUCAGUUUACUUCCAUAUCUGGCCUCAGUGCUUCAUCUGGUAUGUUGUCUGGUUCUGUUGCUUUGCCAUUAUUGAUUUGUCUGGUGGUGUUUCUGAUUUCUGUUAGUGGAGUAUCAUCUUUAGGAAGGUCUUUGUGUGGUUCGUUGACGUUUGGUGGGUUCAGUGAAUCUGGUCUAUCCAAGAGCUCUUCAACUUGUUCUACCCAUCCGUCCCGCUACUCUUGAAUUUUGGUGAUUGCUUUGCAUUCUUUGUUCUUGACUGGUCUCUC